CCCAUGAAUAGCACCGAUGAAUUACGUAAAGAGGCUGUUCAGAUAUCACCUCAUCUCGAACAAAAAGUAUUGAACAUCCUCAAAGUGGAGAAUCCUCUUGAUUCACCUGAUUUUGACCCAACAGAAUACAUUAACCGUCUGUUUCCUAAUGAGCAAUCCCUUGCUUCAAUUGACACAGUAGUAGAAAAGCUCCAACGAAAAAUAUCUGGAACAGGACGGGAUGCUGAACAACUAACCAAUGCACAGUCGGAGCUAGGGAGUACUGGGGCAGAAGAGUUGGGAAAGGCGAAGGAGUCGAUAAAGGAAUUAUUUCAAAAGACACAAGACAUAAAAAUGAAAGCCGCACAAUCGGAGGCCAUGGUUCAAGAUAUCACACAGGAUGUAAAAUCUCUUGAUUAUGCCAAGCGCCACCUUAUUCAUUCUGUUACUGCAUUAAAACGCCUGCAGAUGCUUGUUACCGCCGUGGACCAGCUUGAGAUCAUGUCGCGUAACAAGCAAUAUAAAGAAAGCGCCCAGCUCUUAGAGGCAGUAAUUCAGUUGAUGCAACACUUCAAGUCUUACAAAAGCGUUCCCCAAAUUUCUGAACUUUCUGACCGGAUCACAAAGUUGCAAAAGCAUCUCGAGGCUUGUGUCUUGCAUGAGUUUGAUGAAGGAUUUAAUAAUGAUGGUGUUGUUGUCGGACAGCCAUGGGUACUCCAUGAUGCAUGUCUUGUGGCGACUACCUUGGGAAAUGAUACAAAAGAAAAUAUCCUAAAGAAAUAUAUCUCUCUUCAACUUGCUAACUAUCGACAGAUAUUCCGACCUUCUGAAGAGGUAUCGCAACUGGAUAACAUUUCACGGAGAUAUGCUUUUCUUAAGCGUAUUUUAAAAGUAUGCGAUGAAACUCAUGGAGAGAUAUUCCCAGUAUCAUGGUGUGCGAGUGGACGUAUUUGUGAAAAAUUCUGCGCUUAUACAAGAUCUGACCUGGAGCUUGUUUUAUCAUCGUCCUCUCAAAUCGAUGUUAAGGAGCUACUAAAGGCAUUGCAGUUAACUAUAGAAUUUGAAGGACAAUUGUCAAAAAGAUACGAAAAACAUGCAAGUGAGGGAUUGCUAGAGAAUUAUGGAAAAAAAGAACCCGUCCUUCGUUUCGAAAAAACAAUAUCAUCUGCCUUCAUCCCAUACCUUUGGGUGUAUAUUAAUGCUGAAGACAGAACAUUGAGCAACAUGAUCGAUUCUUAUAUUCAGUCAGAUAAAGCUGCGGAAGAUGAUUCUAAUAUGGUGGUAUUACCAUCUAGCACUGACCUGUUUUACUUUUAUCGCGAAACAUUAGUUCAAUGUGCAAAGUUUUCUACUGGAAAGGCUUUUUGGGAUCUGUGCCAGCUAUUCUCAAAGCAUUUGCAUUCGUAUUGUAGCAAGGUUAUCCUAGAGAAUUAUAGUCUAAACAACAAGAAGGCCGUGACAUUAGAGCAUUUUCGGUUCGUAAGUUUGGCGCUCAAUACUGCAGACUACUGCUGUAUGACAACGGCACAGGCAAAAGAAAAAUUAAAAGAAACCAUUGACCCAGAAUAUAUUGACGAUGUGAAUCUGAAGGAUGUUCAAGAUGCAUUCAUGAGUGCCGUAUCAGCAUCUAUUGAUAACAUUACACGAAGCUUGGAGAUAAGCUGUGACGUGCAGCUUCAACAGAUGGCGCGCUUGCAAUGGGGGACUAUGGAUACUGUGGGCGAUCAAUCAGAUUAUGUUAGUCAGUUACAAGAUACUAUCAAACGUUAUGCGACCAUUGUUGGAAAGACGAUUGCAAAUAAGCGUUAUUUCCGGACAUUCAGUGAUCGUUUUGUAGAAGCUUUUAUGGCUAAAUAUAUCUCAAAUAUUUUCAAAUGUAAACCCAUAUCAGAGAUUGGUGCUGAACAAAUGCUGCUUGAUACCCACACUAUCAAAACCGUUUUAAUGGACAUACCAUUUAUGAGACCUGAAGGAUCUAUGACCGCACCCACGUCAUAUGUGAAACUUGUCAAUCGAGGUAUAUCAAAAGCCGAGACGAUUUUGAAGACAAUUAUGACUCCAGUGGAUCCCCCUGAAGGCUAUGUAGACAACUACAUAUUCUUAAUAGGAGACGGACAUACAGGAAACUUUGCGCGCUUGCUUGAUUUGAAAGGCUUGAAAAAGGUAGAACAAGGUCCAUUGAUUGAUGUAUUCCACAAGAAAGCAGCCAAGAACAAAGAGUUAAAAGACAACUCUGGAAUACUACCUCCUAUCGAGUUGAAUACCCAGCAAUCGACUUCAAAUUUACCUAACGCAAUCACAACUUCGUUCUCUACCAUCGCCACAUCUGCGUCUAACUUUAGCCCAAAUCCCUUACAGCAGUUCAGCAGAAGCACUUUGACGUCUCCUACUACGAAUUCACAGUUGUUUUCGGACGGAACUUCUUCUAAUCCAAGUAGCAAAACUGGGCGCCUGAAUGAAAACUUUAGAAAAUUAGUUAUGACUGGUAUGGCCUUCCGCAAGGAUCUUCAAGAUCGAAGAGAGCAACACCACAGUAAAGAAAAUAACACCGGCCAAUAAAACAUAUUGAAUAAACG